AAGUGUUGAAGUCACUCAUGACUGAUGACAGUCACUGUUGGUUUAUUUGUACUUCUAUGAAUGUUAAUGAAGUGAAUUACAUUUUUUGCUUUUGCACACGUUGAUCGUUGUGUUAAAGAACUAGGCACAAGAUAACGCUUUUUUUGAAAAUUUUUGACUGAAUAAACAUAUUAAAAUGUACGUUAAAGUGAGAACAAUGGAUGGUAAACAGGAGGCAAUAUUAACCAUCUCCAAAUUGACGGAAGUGGAAGAGUUUAAGCGUGAGAUUGAGAAGGAAUUAGAUGUAAAAGUGGAUUUACAACGAUUAUUCUUCCGUGGGAAACAAUUAGAAAAUGGUUAUAAGCUAUAUGAUUAUAAUGUUAAUUUGAAUGAUGUAAUUCAAUUAAUGGUUAAAAUACAAAUUAAUGAAGUAGAAAGCCAAGCUACUUCAAGUACUAAAGUAACUCCUAGUUCUAUUAUUAAAGAAGAAAUUGUAGAUAAUUCUAGCAAAGAAGAAAAGUUGUGUGAAGCAGAAAGUUUAUAUUAUAAGGUUGGAGAUGCGGUAGAUUGUCUUGACCAAACUUAUGGAGCUUGGUUUGAGGCAAUAAUAUUAAAAAUCUUUAAAAGAGAUGAUAAUAUUAUUUAUAAUAUGCAGUGGGAAUUUGAUGAUAAAGCUCCAGCUUUUAAUGUACCUGAGUCAUCAGUAAGACCACGUGCAAGGCGUUUAUUAAAAUUUGAUAGCUUAAAAAUAGGUCAAAAAGUGAUGAUCAAUCACAAUGUUGAUGAUCCCAAAGUAACAGGAUUAUGGUAUGAUUUUACAAUAUUGAAAAUAGAUAAAAAGAAGAGGGUACAAGAACUUAUUGGGAUAUUGCAUAUUGGAAAGGAUCAACCACUUGAGAAUCGGAAAGUGAAUCCUAAAGGAGAGAUUUUUGCCAUAGAAGAACCAAAAUUUCUUAAAGAUAGAAGUCCUGAAGAUGAACAACAUAUGGUCAGUAGUGGUAAACGAAGACGUGUACAAGCUUAUUGUGAUGCAUGUUUGGACAAUCCUAACAAGGAAUGCAGAGAAUGUGGUUGUAGAGUCUGUGCUGGGAAAGAAGAUGAACACAAUCUUCUCUUAUGCGAUGAGUGUAACUCUGCAUAUCAUUUAAGCUGUUUGAAUCCUCCAUUAACAUCUAUACCUGAAGAAGAUUACUGGUAUUGCCCAGAAUGUAAAAAUGACGAAAAUGAAAUUGUGAAGGCAGGUGAUAAACUUAAACAAACGAAAAAAAAAACGAAUGAAAAUAAUAGUAGUAAGAGAGAUUGGGGUAAAGGAAUGGCAUGUGUUGGAAGGACGAAAGAGUGCAGUAUAGUUCCACCUAAUCAUCGUGGACCUAUUCCAGGAGUAGAAGUUGGAAUGUGUUGGAUGUACAGAGUACAGGUGUCUGAAGUUGGAGUGCAUAGACCACAUAUAGCUGGAAUUCAUGGGAGAGAAACAGAUUGCGCAUAUUCUAUUGUAUUAUCUGGAGGUUACGAGGAUGAUAUUGAUAAUGGUGAUGAGUUUAUUUAUACCGGCUCUGGAGGCAGGGACCUAUCAGGAAAUAAAAGAACAGCUGAACAAAGUUGCGAUCAGAUGUUGACUCGAAUGAAUAAAGCAUUGGCUCUAAAUUGCAAUGCAAAGCUUAAUGCGACAGCCGGCGCUACAGCUGAAGAUUGGAGAGGUGGUAUACCUGUAAGAGUUGUCAGAAAUUUCAAACUCGCUAAACAUAGCAAAUAUGCACCAGAAGAGGGCAACAGAUAUGAUGGUAUAUAUAAGGUAGUAAAGUAUUAUCCAGAUACAGGCAAAAGCGGAUUUCGCGUAUGGAGAUAUUUAUUAAGAAGAGAUGAUCUAGCAGCUGCACCAUGGACUGAAGAGGGUAAAGCGCGUAUAGAGGCUCUUGGUUUAAAACCAAUGUAUCCAGAUGGAUACUUGGAAGCAAUGGCAAAAAAUAAAAUAAAUAAAACUAGGACAAAUAAAAAGCGAAAUAUACUAAUGGAAGAAGAAAAUUCUACCUCUUCGAAAAAAGAACCACCAAAGAAGAAAAGGAAACUUGAGAGUUACGAAUUAGAAAGUGAAAUAGUGAAACAUAUUGAAAAAGAUCAAGCAAAUACAAAAUUGUGGGAUGAAUGUCGUAAGGCUUUAUCAGAUGGUAAAGCUGCAUUUUUACAACAAGUUUCAGAAAGAUUCACAUGUCCCUGUUGUUUGGAACUUGUUUAUAAUCCUGUCACGAUUCCGUGCACACAUAAUAUUUGCCUUAAUUGUUUAAAACGUACUUUUUCAUCGGGUGUCCAAUAUUGCCCGUCAUGUCGUCAUUUAUUAGACAAAAAUUAUAAAAUGGAAGUUAAUCAAUGUUUAUCAUCUGCUCUGUUAUCGCUUUAUCCAGGAUAUGAAGGUGGCAGAUAACAUUAAUUUUUAGUAAAAUAAUACUUAUAUCUCAAAUACGAAUUCACACACAUAUCUAGACUCCAUUAAAUAAUAUUUUUAGAUACAAUUUAUGAUUCACGAAUAAAAUGUAUUAGUGAUUUUGUUAUAAUACAUACUUAUAGGGUGAAUAACACAUUCUGAUAGUAUAAAAAAUUUUUGUUAGUAUACAAAAUUUGUUGCCAUGAUCCACUACAAUAACAAUUAAUUUUAUUAUUACAAUAUUUACAUUAAUAAAUAUAACAAUUAAUUUUAUUAUUACAAUAUUUGCAUUAAUAAAUUGACUGACAAUACUAAUAAGAUAAUAAAAAGAAUGAAUUUUCUUUCAGAAAGAGAGAAACGCACAAGAAAUGAAAAUAUACAUAGUUAUUGUAGUACUUAUUUUUAUAUUGAUUUUUGAUUUAUACAAUUUCGAGUUUUAUAUUUGUAUGUAGUAUAAGAUUUAUACAAUUGACUAUACACUAUAAAUGUUUGAUCAUUUAUUUGUAAAUGUAUACGCGUUUAUCGAUGUGUUCAAAUUUAUAUCGAUUGUAAUGGUUCUAGUUUGCAUUUUUGUUAAUUGUAUUGUUUUUUCUAAUUAGCAUAACAUAACUUUUCACGGUAGUGAAAAAUUUAUAAAACAAUUCAUGUUAUUUUAUAACAAGGUAAAUAAAUGUUUUUAUUAUAAUAUGUGACAUUAGAAUCCUUUUAAAUAUGAAUAUAGAAGAAAAGUUAUUUUAUUGCUCUCUUUGAUUGAUAGGUGGAACUAUCUCGCUUAUCCAUUGGAGAUAUUUGUGACUUCCAUUUUGAAUCUAUAAUAAAACAUUGUUCAACUUU